AUGCUCCAAAGCCUGUGUGCCCUGUUUCUGGUUGGGACCAUUAUUGCGAAAGAUCCUAUUGGUCAGAAUAUUAUCGUUUUAUUGAUUGAUGGCUAUGGUGCAAAUCUACUGAACGAAUCUAAAACCGAAGCGAAAUUUGGAAUGCAACAACUCAUUUCAAAUGGAGUACAAGCCGAAUAUCUGCGAUCAACUUUCCCAACUCAUAGUUGGCCAAACUGGCUGAGCCUUGCAACAGGUUUAUACACCGAAAACCAUGGAAUGACAGCCGACUAUAUGUGGGAUAAAAAAACGAAACUGAGCUUUGAACGUGGUAAAGGUGCGAACGACUCAGAAGAUCUAUGGUGGGAAGGUCUACCGGCGCCUCUUUGGUAUACAGCUGGAAAGUCAGGCAUAGAUGUACACUGUUACUGGUUUGCUCACUGCCAUAGAGCCCACUAUGACAUGGUUGUGAAAGUACCUCCAAAGAGAUGGACCGACCUGAGCACACCUGGACAAACAGACAAGCUCUCGGAUGUAUUUCCAGAAAUCGUCAACCGUAUCAUCAAGUAUCAAGCAUACAAACAACAGAUGUUUUUGCUGAGAUAUGCCGGGGUGGACAACGCUUUGAGACAGUUCGGCGCACGAUCAGAUGAAGCCGAUCAAGCUAUCGCUAGAAUAGACCUUUACAUACACGAACUUCAAGUAAGAUAUUUGUUAAGUCUUACGUGUUUAUUUGUUUAUUUUUCAAUGGUGACAUCGAUUUACUCUCUCUUAUGA